UCCCGCACUGAUAUGUUAAUUAGCUCUCACAUUGAGCGACCCGAUUGGCUCGUCGUCCGAGUCAAUUUCCCAUCUCCAUCCUGACGUCAUGGCCGCUACAACGCUCUUAAACUCAUCUGCUGUGUGAUCCCUGUAAAAAAGCUCCGCAGCAGCAGCCAGCACGGCUGCUUCUCUCCUCCUCCUGCUGCUCCGCUUGUGUCCAUGAAGAAGCCCGUAAAGUGUUAAAUGUUUGAAAUCCCAAACCGCCGAACUUCUCAUGCUGAAACGGGACCGGGCUGCUGGUGUGCGCGGCGCCGCUGUGCAGAUAGAAACUCCUUACGCACGCCUGUAACUCCGCGACUGCAUACGAAAAGGGACGCUCCUGUCUUUUUCCUUUCCUUUUUUUAAAUUUAUUUAUUUAUUUUAUUUUUUUUUUCCUGAAGUUUGAAGGCAAAAGCUUCAAAAAGUCAAACUGGCUCACGUCCUCAGCAGCCAGCCCGCUUUGACAGCUGGUCUUCAGCCCGUUUGGAGGACUGUCAGCAGCAAGAGGAUGGCAUCAGAGCUGGCAAUGAGCAACUCCGACCUGCCCACCAGUCCCCUGGCCAUGGAAUAUGUUAAUGACUUCGAUCUGAUGAAGUUUGAAGUGAAAAAGGAGCCGGUGGAGCCCGAUCGCAACAUCAGCCAGUGCAGCCGCCUUAUCGCCGGGGGAUCCUUGUCUUCCACCCCGAUGAGCACGCCUUGCAGCUCGGUGCCACCUUCCCCAAGCUUCUCGGCGCCCAGUCCGGGCUCGGGGAGCGAGCAGAAGACGCACAUCGAGGAUUUCUACUGGAUGUCCGGUUACCAACAGCAGCUGAAUCCAGAGGCGCUGGGCUUCAGCCCCGAAGACGCGGUCGAGGCGCUGAUCAACAGCAGUCACCAGCUCCAGUCGUUCGAUGGUUACGCCAGGGGCCAACAGUUCGCCGGCGCAGGCGGAGCAGGGGGCGCCAUGGCCGGUGAGGAGAUGGGCUCCGCCGCGGCGGUGGUGUCGGCAGUUAUCGCGGCGGCGGCGGCUCAGAACGGCGCGCAGCACCACCACCAUCAUCACCACCACCACGGCAGCAGCGGCGGCGGCGGCGGCGGAGGCGGCGGCGCGCACCACCAGGCGCCCGGCGUGCAGUCCAACGGCGCGUCUGGCACAAACCACCCGCACAUGCGUCUGGAGGAGCGCUUCUCGGACGAGCAGCUGGUGACCAUGUCGGUGCGGGAGCUCAACCGGCAGCUACGGGGGGUCAGCAAGGAAGAGGUGAUCAGAUUGAAACAGAAGAGGAGGACCCUAAAGAACAGAGGUUACGCGCAGUCCUGCCGCUUCAAGCGCGUCCAGCAGCGGCACGUCCUGGAGGGAGAGAAGACGCAGCUCAUGCAGCAGGUCGAGCACCUAAAGCAGGAGAUCUCCAGGCUGGUCCGGGAGAGGGACGCGUACAAGGAAAAGUACGAGAAGCUCAUCAGCAACGGCUUCAGAGAAACGGAAUCAGGCAGCGACAACAACCCUUCAUCCCCGGAGUUUUUCAUUGUUUGAAGUUGAUCCAACUUUUACAAAGUGCGCAUGCAGGCACUGACUGUAAACUUCCCCCUUCCGUCGUUUCACUUUGAAUCAAAUGUACAGACCUGCCCAACCCGCAUCCAUCUACAAUAUUUUUAUAUCCCUUAUUAUUUUUUACAUCUUUUUUUGCCAAAUUUGGAGGAUCGCCACCUCAUCCCACGCUUACAACAACAAAAG